CUAUACACUAUCUCUCAUUAUCUCAUAACAGUUUUACACUUUCAUGUCAUUUUGACUGCAGCCGCUGUGAACAAUGGCAAAGCCCUUCAAGCUUCGAAUAUCCAGAGUCAUCACUUCCCUACAAUCUUGCAAUUCCAAGGACACUUCCACUCUCCCAGAAGAUCCCGUCCCUUCAUUCCUCAGACAAUCCUCAUCACCCAACAACUCCACCAAACUCAUCACCGCCGUUGAUUUCCCCGUCACUGCACCCUCUAACACCCACCGCUCUUCCUCCGCCCUCAGACGCCACGUUUCAUCCGCCCUUAUAUCCGUCGGCUGCGGGUUGACCUCCCGCAAUUCCGGCGGUAGAUCACGGCCGCAGCAGGAGUUCAAGUGGCGGAAAGAGGAGAACUGGCACGUGGUUGCGAAUAUUUACGACGAAACGAAACCGCGUCAGAAAAUCUAUAGCUCCUCCGUCUCCGGCGACGACAACGACGAGGUUUUGGCCUUGCCUCCGCCGCCGCCUCCACCGUCCACGGCGGAGAGAAAGAAACGCCGGGGUAGAAAAAAGAAAUCAGCGGCGGCGGCGGCGGCGCUUCGAAGAAUCAGCACCUCAUCUGCCGACGAAAGCGGGCUGUUUAGCAACGACGAGGGAGAGACCGAAACUCUAGUCUCAAGCCUCUCGACCGAUUCGUCCUUCGAGUUCAACCCAAAAACGGAUCACAACAAUAGGAUCAUCAGGAGGAGAAGCAAACGAAGGCCCAAGAAACGCGCCGCGAAACGCGGAACAACACCAACGACCAGAAGGCCGUCGGUGUCGUCGUCGGAGGGCGAGGUGCCGGCGAGGCUGUCGGUGUUCAAGAAGCUUAUCCCAUGCAGCGUCGACGGGAAAGUGAAGGAGAGCUUCGCCGUCGUGAAGAAAUCGCGCGACCCUCACGAGGACUUCAAGAGGUCGAUGAUGGAGAUGAUUACGGAGAAGCAAAUGUUCGAGAAGGAUGAUUUGGAGCAGCUGUUGCAGUGCUUUCUGUCUUUGAAUGCGAGGCAGUACCACGGGAUUAUCGUCGGCGCUUUCUCGGAGAUUUGGGCGGAAUUGUUCUUUGCUGCUAAUAACGUUAGUUCCAGUCCUAGAAUGUCUGCCUUUGGCCGACGUAGUACGCCGUCAUGUUCCUAGCUUAGAAGAAGCAAGCCUGUAUGUAAAUUAAAGCUACAUCCAUGGCGAUAUCAUCAUUUCGAUGUACGGUUCUACCAACAAGAAUUUGACUAUUCUAGGAUUAUAUUCGAGCUAGUUAUUAUGUUUGUUGUAAUAAUUAAUUAGGAGCGAGUUUAACUAUAUAUGUAGUAAUUUUUUCUUUUUCA